AUGAGUCUACCUGUCCGCAGCUGUCUGUGUAGACGACACAGUGAGCGUUUUGAGGGACCACAUGGGCCCCGACAGUGGCUAAGGCUGCUAAGGCGAUCCACAUGCAGCAAACGAGGCAGUAAUAGCAAAUUCAGUACAGAACGCACCAAAUCAAAGGGAGGAGCAAGUUUGAUGUCCCCUCCAGGCCACCCAGGUACAUGUCCGAAUAAUUUGAAACGUGGCAGCAAUUACAACAGGCGUGUAGAAACAAUACGAAAGUUUACAAUUUAA